AUGGCGAAAAAUUGUGCGCUAGAAUGGCUCGCGCCAGAACUUCAACUACAAAUCUUGUUCAACGCCGGUACUCCUGACGAUCUUCACGCUCUCAUUCAAGCAUCACCUCGUCUUUACCAAGUCUAUCUACACAACAAGGACACGGUUCUAUCAUCUGUGGCACUUCGACAGUUUCAUCCGGCCGUGGCCUCAGACGCCUUAUUCUUCGCGAAGAUAUCGCAGCUCGAGCAGCCUUUAUCAAGAGACAAGGUCAUUGAAUUGUGCAAAACCUAUCCAAAUGAGCUGCCAGAAGCAACGUCCAUUCCCAUAUCUAUUUCAGUGGCACUGUGCAAGCUUGCUAGCAAUGUCAGGUUCUUCAUUGAGGACUAUGCCCGAAACACUCUGCCCAUAAUGGAGGGGCUGGGUCGAUCUCUAGACCUCGAAGUCUUGCCGGAAUACUGGCCAGAAAACCCUGUCUCAUACUCCCAACUUUCAAGCUCCGAGACUGGGAGGCUUCAGAGAGCGUUUUGUCGCUUCGAAACUUAUAGAUACCUUUUCGCACGGUGUUCCUCAGAACUUGACCAUGAUCUUCGAGAAUGUCCUUCCCGUCCUUCUCUGACUCCAGCAGAGCAGGCGAGCCUGUUUCUUCAGAGGUUCCCAGACUUUCAGGUUACUGAGAUCAACUGCAUUCGAGACUAUCUGUAUCGUCGACUGCGAGGUAUUUGCAGUCGACUUGAGGACAUAGCGGUUGAUACUCUUCCACCUGAGACUUUCCACUUUGGCCAAGAUGGUGAUGUCGAGGCCGCUGAGUGGGCAUCCGGAGUGUACCUUUACACUAAUAACGGGAAAGCUUACCAGAAUGAUCACCUGGAACAUCUGAUGUCACUCGGACUAGCUUACAUCCGCCGAAUCUUUGAAUCGACUGGUAAGGAGCAGAACGAUUUGUUUCUUCGCGAUAUUCAUCGCGAUGUCAUCCGACACUUGGAAACACAGUUUAUCACGAGGGCUCUCGAAUUUCUAGGGCCUAAUCCUGCCCGGGGAGAUAUACCUUUGUUGGCGAAGACAGAUCCACCUUUCGUGUACGAAAUCAACCCGGAUGUGGAGCUGGAUACUCCUGACGCUUGGCAAUGGGCUCAUCCUCGUGCGCCACCGUUCAAGCUCCAAGAGAGCACUCUGAAGGGUCUAGGAGAUUGGGGCUAUGUUUUCUGGGAUUAUGAUAGACUUCAUGUGUCUGGUAUCCUCACGAGAAGUCGAGAUGAUGUCCGGAAGAUUGAAUUCGACGAGUUCCAAGCGGCAGACGGCCCGAGUGUCCAGCAGCGCUUACUUGGAGCACCUGAUCCUUAUUCUUCUGCUGAAGAGGACAGCGAAUUCUUGUAA